AUGGAGAUCAAGGGAAAAUGGAUAGACGUCAUUGGCUUCCCCACACUCUUAGACUUUGAUCUCCUCAUUCUCGGAUCAGCCACCCCCGUCAUUGAGGAUUCAAAAAAAGCAGGGCAAGGCCGUGCAGCCCCGUAUGAGGCUGGGCAACUGGGCCGCUUUGGCCACUCCGCUCGGCAGAUGUUCUUUGACGGACCGCUUGCUCCGAUGGCCACUCUCGAAAACAACUCGAAAACAACCUAG